GUCUUGGGCUCACCCACUGUACGCCUCCCACCAUUUCUGAGCUUGUAAAAGCUCGGGUACUGGGGAAAAGGCACCCAGUAGUGGAGGGAAGAGGAAAGCUUGGGGUUCUGUAGCUUCUUUUUUCUGUCUCUGGCCGGGGUGGGUUGGGGUCACGGUGUCGCGAGGGCGCUAGUGUUUAUGCUUGGCUUCCUUCUCUUUCUUUCUACCCCAUAAAACUUAGGACACCGAGAGGGAGUUGGAGGCAUUUGUUCAUGCCACAGCUGAUGCUUUUGCCUUCUCUCGCCUAUCCUUUAGAUCUCUUUUGCGCUUUUCUUUCUUAGUGUUUUCUUCCCCUUUUUUUAGAUUUCGCUUUGUCCUGUUUAGUUGUUGCUGCACAUCCCAGAUGGAUUGUUCGGAAGACGAGUGCUCUCGUUAGAUCUAGCACAGGCCACGGUGAUCCUUGGAGGGGGACAAGGUGCUUUCGAAGGAGAAGGAAGCCACUUCAAGAAGAACGAAAAGGACAUCUUUGAUGAGUUUCGGGGGUUUGUUCGACAUGCCGUAUGGCAGCUCCGCCGCUUUGCCCGCCGGCGCCAUCUCCCACCCGCCCCUCCUCUCGCCCUCACUCCAUAAGUCCAUAUUCAGCUCCCCAGGCCUCUCCCUCGCCCUGCAAACGAACUUGGACGCGCACAGGGAUCGAAACUUGGUCCCCGCCGUCGGAGGAGACGGAGAAGACCUGGAUUCGGCUCGUCGGAGAAAGCAAGAUGAGAACGAUAGCAGAUCAGGGAGCGAUAAUCUGGAAGGCGGAUCUGAAGACGAUUUGGAGCUAGAGAAUCCCCGGAAGAAGAAGAAAUACCACCGCCACACCCCUCAGCAGAUCCAGGAGCUGGAAGCCCUUUUCAAGGAAUGCCCCCACCCCGACGAGAAGCAAAGGAUGGAGCUCAGCAAGAGGCUCUGUUUGGAGCCUCGCCAGGUCAAGUUCUGGUUCCAGAACCGGCGAACACAGAUGAAGACCCAGAUGGAGCGGUACGAGAACAGCAUCCUCAAGCAAGAGAACGAUAAGCUUCGAGCGGAGAACCUGUCCAUCAGAGAGGCCAUGAGGAACCCCAUGUGCUGCAACUGCGGUGGCCCCGUGGUGCUCGGCGAGAUCUCUCUCGAGGAGCAGCACCUGAGAAUCGAGUAUGCUCGCCUGAAGGAUGAGCUCGACCGGGUCUGCGCCCUUGCCGGGAAGUUCCUCGGCAAGCCCGUGUCUGCCUUGGCUGGCCCACUCGCUCUCCCGACCCCGAACUCUUCGCUGGAGCUCGCGGUCGGUACGAAUGGCUUUGCCGGCCUCGGUUCGGUGGCGGCCGCUACCUUGCCUCCGCUGGCUGAUUUCACCUCUGGAACCUCAAGCCCUCUAGGCACCGUAAUAACCCCCGGGCGGGCUGUCGGCGCUGGAGCCAUCGGUGGGGUGGACACGUCUCAGGAGAAGUUCGUGUUCUUGGAGCUUGCACUCGCUGCCAUGGAUGAACUGGUGAAGAUGGCCGAGAUGGAGGAGCCUCUGUGGAUCCCGAGCUUGGACGCGGGGAGGGAAACACUGAACUACGUCGAGUACGACCGGUGCUUCCCUCGGUGCGUCGGGGCCAAGCCCAAUGGUUUCGCGUCGGAGGCCACCAGGGAGACCGGCUUGGUCAUCAUCAACAGCUCAGCCCUCGUCGAGACUCUCAUGGACGCUGCUCGAUGGGCAGAUAUGUUCCCUUCUGUGAUCGCAAAAGCGACCGCUGCAGACGUGAUCUCCAGCGGCAUGGCCGCGACUAGAAACGGUGCACUCCAGCUUAUGCAUGCGGAGCUCCAAGUUCUCUCUCCCUUGGUUCCCGUUCGGGAUGUCAGUUUCCUUAGGUUCUGCAAGCAGUUGUCCGAGGGUGCUUGGGCCAUAGUCGACGUCUCCAUCGACGGAAUUAGAGGCAACCCAUCUGCUCCUCCGGCUAAAAUGACAUGCCGCAGGCUUCCUUCUGGGUGCGUAGUGCAAGAUAUGCCUAAUGGGUAUUCCAAGGUCACAUGGGUCGAGCACGCCGAGUACGACGAGACUACAGUUCACCCGUUGUACCGCCCGCUGCUGCGCUCCGGUUUGGCCCUCGGCGCACGCCGCUGGGUCGCGACACUCCAGCGCCAGUGCCAGUCCCUCGCCAUCCUAAUGUCCUCCUCCCUCUCCCACGAUGACAACACCGCGGUGACGCCGAGCGGGCGGAGGAGCAUGCUGAAGCUGGCGCAGCGGAUGACCGACAACUUCUGCGCCGGGGUCUGCGCGUCGUCGGCUCGCGAGUGGAACAAGCUGGGCGGAGGGGUCAACAUCGGGGAGGACGUGCGGGUGAUGACGAGGCAGAGCGUGGCCGACCCAGGGGAGCCGCCGGGCGUGGUUCUCAGCGCCGCUACCUCGGUGUGGCUCCCGCUCUCGCCACAGCGCCUGUUCGACUUCCUCCGCAACGAGCAACUCCGGAGCCAGUGGGACAUCCUCUCCAACGGCGGGCCCAUGCAGGAGAUGGCCCACAUCGCCAAGGGCCAGAACACCGGCAACGCCGUUUCCCUUCUCCGUGCCAGCGCCGUGAGUGCAAGCCAGAGCAGCAUGCUGAUACUGCAGGAGACGUGCACGGACGCGUCGGGAUCAUUGGUGGUGUACGCGCCGGUGGACACCCCGGCCAUGCACCUCGUCAUGAGCGGCGGCGACUCCGCCUACGUCGCCCUCCUCCCCUCCGGCUUCGCCAUCCUCCCGGACGGCAGCGGCGGCGGUGCGCGCAAGGCCGGGGGCUCGCUGCUGACAGUGGCGUUCCAGAUCCUGGUGAACAGCCAGCCAACGGCGAAACUGACGGUGGAGUCGGUGGAGACCGUCAACAACCUCAUCUCGUGCACCGUCCAAAAGAUCAAGGCGGCGCUCAACUGCGAGCCGUAACAGAGACGGGAUCCAGCGGUGGUGGGGAGAGUGCCGUGGCCAUGGGUUGAGUCAAGAACGAACCGCGCGAGCGAAGAACCUUUGCUAUGUGGUAAGGAAGUAUGGCCAACUGCAAGCCCUGCGCGCAGUCCAUAAUCCUUAACACCGAGCAAUGGUGGUGGUUCGGGCAUUGACUCUCUCUCUCUCUCUCUCUACCUCUCUAAACGCUGUUGCUCGAUCCACAGCCGCGUCCCGUUGGUGUUGUAGUGUUCCCUUCUCCCAGCGAGUUUGGAUUUCCUUGUGGAAGACGACGCUGUAAUCUUUGCUAUUUCAUUGUAUGUGAACGUAUUCAGACAUUGAUCAUUUUACUUGCUUGUUUGCAGUAACAUAUGGGAAUGUAUUAACCUAUCA